UCAUCCGCAGAUGUGGCAGCACAGAGCUCAUUGGCUGUGCUACACAGCUAUCCCACCAUUCAUCUCCAGAACUCUCCAUCUGUUCACACUAAAGCUCUGUCUCCCUUCAACACUAAAUCCAGUCUGCUUCCUGCCUUGGGAGGUAGAAGCAAGAGGACCAGGAAUUUAAAGUCAUCCAUUGGUUCUGGACACAGGAGAGCAGCUGAUGGUUCCUGUGGAUGUCUUGGAAGAGAAAAACAAAGGGGCCCUGUGGAAGUUUCUGCUCUCAGGAGCCAUGGCUGGGGCCGUGUCUCGCACAGGGACAGCCCCUCUGGACCGAGCCAGGGUAUACAUGCAGGUGUACUCUUCCAAGAGUAACUUCAGGAACCUAAUGAGUGGCCUGCAGAGCCUGAUCCAGGAGGGAGGUGUCCGUUCACUCUGGCGGGGCAACGGCAUCAACGUGCUCAAGAUCGCCCCGGAAUACGCCAUCAAGUUCUCUGUGUUUGAGCAGUGUAAGAAUGUCUUCUGCGGUGUGCAGGGCUCGCUGCCCUUCCAGGAGCGGGUGCUCUCGGGCUCCCUGGCUGUGGCCAUCUCCCAAACUCUCAUCAACCCCAUGGAGGUACUCAAGACUCGGCUGACCCUUCGCUUUACUGGACAGUAUAAAGGACUUCUGGACUGUGCCAGGCAGAUCUUAGAACGGGAUGGCACCCGAGCCCUGUACCGAGGCUACCUGCCCAACAUGCUGGGUAUCAUACCCUAUGCUUGCACUGAUCUGGCUGUCUAUGAGCUACUCCGGGGUUUGUGGCAGAAGUUGGGCAGGGACAUGACGGACCCCAGUGGCCUGGUCAACUUGUCAUCUGUAACGCUGUCCACAACCUGUGGCCAGAUGGCCAGUUACCCACUGACUUUGGUGCGCACACGGAUGCAGGCACAAGACACUGUGGAAGGCUCCAACCCCACCAUGCUGGGAGUCUUCAGGCGGAUACUGAGCCAACAGGGCUGGCCCGGGCUGUACAGAGGCAUGACGCCCACAUUACUGAAGGUGUUGCCAGCAGGCGGCAUCAGCUACGUGGUGUACGAAGCUAUGAAGAAAACCCUGGGUGUACAAGUCCUGAGCAGAUGACAUGCCCCUAACAGGAAGAGAUUGGAAGACCCAGUGUCCAUGGGUCUCAGAAAGCCCACCAAGGCGCAGGCUUUAGGGCCAUUCUGGUUUGCAAAAACCAUCCAGGACUAGAGUUAGAAGUGCUCAGAUUCCCUCCUGCAAGAUACAGUCUGAGUUGAGAUUCCAGCCAGGUGUUUGCAGGCUCGUCCAACAGAAGGUUUGGACAAAGAAUAAAGCUAGUUUUGGCUGUCUUUUAUCUGGGAUUAGCAGAUUCAAGGUGGGGAACCUGAGUAUGGGGGCGUAUCUCAGUGGUUAGAGAGCUUGCUCAACAUAUAUGAGGUCCUAGAUUCGGUCCCCACCCUGAGGACCUGGGGAGCAAGGGGCUUGAGUUCCUGUAGGGACCUGAGAAUGUUGGCUCCAGCUGAGGAGGGUUUUAGACCCCUGUAAGGGGACCCGGGCCUCCUAGGUCCGGGGUGGUAAUUGGGAAUCCCUUCUGGGUACUGGGUUGGGAGCUGAAGGCCUG